UAUAUAAACUAAUGUUUCUUCCUUUAAUGUAGUGCUUAUGACUGUGUGAUCCCCCCCAUGGAAAAGGCUGUGGUGAAAACAGACAUUCAAAUAGCACUUCCUUCUGGCUGCUAUGGCCGAGUGGCACCACGUUCUGGUUUAGCUGCAAAGCACUUCAUAGAUGUUGGAGCUGGUGUUAUUGAUGAGGAUUACAGGGGAAAUGUUGGUGUGGUACUGUUCAACUUUGGCAAGGAGACAUUUGAAGUUAAAAAGGGGGAUAGGAUUGCCCAGCUCAUCUGUGAACGCAUUUAUUAUCCUGAGCUAGAAGAAGUUGAAACUCUGGAUGAUACAGAACGUGGUGAAGGUGGCUUUGGCUCUACUGGAAAGAACUGAAAAUCACUUGACUACGCUUUCUGCUUUUGUUUUUUGUUAUACUAUUUCUAAAUUUUCAUCUGAAUUAGAAGUAGGAUUUCUGGAGUACAUAAAAUAUUUCAAGUUUUAUUGAGACUUUUCUGUAUCUAUCCUCCAGUGAAUUUGUCUGCAUAAUGAGGAAAUAUGCAUGACUGGCUUGACUUACUAGUUAAUGUAUUAUUUUCUCUUUCAAGAAGUUUGGUCCUCAGCAAUAAGAACAUAUUGUUUAUGUGGCAAUUAUGCUGUAAUAAAUGAAAAAAAUAACGAUGUAUUUUAUUUUACUGACCUAACCUACAACAGCCAAUUGUUCCCUUGCCAGUUUUUGUUAGACUUCUGAAAGCUAUCUUCCCCAUGGCUCAGGAUUUCAUACUGAGACCCUGCUUCAUCAGCAUCAGUGACAGUACCAGUAGGACUUUCCACUGUGACACCAAAAUCAGAAUAAGACAAAGAUAUUCAAUAUUGCAUCCUCUACAACCUGUCCAAAUACUUGUGUUUCUGUUCAAAGCUAAAGUUCCGACUUUGAUCCUUAAUUGAUCUUCAAGUGACCAAGUUUUCAGCUCUCUUAUAUUCAAAGUAAUACAGUUUGAGUUAAAUAACACAACUCACCUGGAAAUAGCUUCUAUGUAGUAAACAAGAGCUAUGAAUUACACUUUUGGAAUAUUUUUACAAAUUUAUCAAUGUGUUUCUGUAUGGAAGAAAAAUUCUGAAUUAUUGAAACAAUGCACAGUUUGGUGUUUUAAAGUCACUUUUGUCCAGUUAACAGAGAAUGUUUUUUGAAUCUGUCCUAAACUUGAUUCAAUAAGUGUGUGGAAUUUCUUAAAUGACUCUCUGACUUUUAGGUGAAAGAACAUAGAGGAGAGAAGAAAUAAAAAAGGAAAGAAAAAUGACUAUUUUCCCACUUUACAUAAAAGAAUUAGAAAAGGCUCUGAAGCUCUCACUUUUUUCCUGCAGCUGUCUGUACUUUAAGAUUUUCUUAUCUGGAAGAUCACAGGUAGGAAAUUCUGUGCUUUAAGUUUUAGCAGUGGAAAGGGCACUUUGUAGGCUGAUGUUCACCCUGCUCUUCUGCUGGGUAGUUUCAGCUCAGGAUAAUCCUGUUGGUAUUAGUUUUAUGUUCCUGUCUGGGACUGUUUUUAGUGAAGUAGGCCUAAAAUGCUUCACAUUUUGUACAUUUUAUCCUGCCUGCCCCUGGAGCUGGAAAAUAGAAGAGCAGUGUGACAGCAUUCAGAUCCCUUCAGCCAUGGGAUAGGCAUUACACUGGCUUGGCAGUGCUGAAACAAGAAGUAGAUUCAUUUUGUCUAGGGUAGAAGCCUUUUCCUCUAAGUGCAUGAUAUGCUGAUCAGGGGUUUUGCUGGUGGUCCUUACCCCUCAUCAUAGGCCUGUGCUUGGAUCUGUACCCCCAGACAGAGCAUCAGGAGCAGGCACAUCCUGCAGAAGGCCCCUGUGAGCAAGAGCUCAUCAUACCAAUGCAGCCUAAAUGAACUGGGGAAGCUGAGCUUGACACUAAUUUUAUUCAGUUCUAUACCCUGCCAAAAAGGAACUUGAAGGCUAUUUAAAGGCCUAAAAAAAAUCUAUGAUCCUUUUGUGAAAAGCUGUUUCCUCUUCUGGACUGGAAGUCAAAGUUUUGCUGCAGUUUUUAGUUUCUACCUCCCAAAGCAAACACCCAGCAGGGGUUCCACUGAUGCAAGUCCUUUUUAAAAAAAGAUGCUACAAGAGACCUCACUUGGAACAGCAAGGGUUUUGAAGGAACAUGGGAUUCCUAUACAAUUCCUACCACUUGAACUCUCCACUUUUGGACCAAAAUCUUAAAACAAAAAUUAUGGCAGUAAUACCACUGCUACCAUUGAUCUUUAGUUCUUUCUUUCCCCCAGAGUGUUAACCUGGUGUAGUUGAGAAUUUAGGCACAGCUUCCUCAGCUCAGCUGUUAUAUUGCUCUAUGGCAUGGUAGGAAUUUUUUUAUCUAUUUAAUGUUUUCUACAUCAGCCACUAGAUGGCACUUAAAGUUUGCUUUCUUUUCCACUUCUUUUUCAGAGGUAUUUUUCAAAGAUCUGUUCAUCUAUAAUUAAGAGUUGAUGACUCCCACUGGGACUAUGUUGGUGGAAAGAAAGAUGCAGCAAUAUUUGAGUGAAAGCAGGCAAAAGUAUGACCAUUAAAGGGGGAACAAUGACAAUAAUUUAAAUAAGAUUUGGGUGGUUGCAGUGUUUGCAUAAUCCCUCCUGGCAUGCAAGAGCACUAGAGAAGCCUGUGGCUUUUCUCUCCUGCUGCGUUUCAACAAAAAUGGAAAAUUGUAAUGAACAGCAACAUUUUUCCUGUCUUUCGUAUUCACUGUGCUCUUACUCUCUCUUCCUCCAUUCCUUUAAGUGGAAUGCAGACUACUUAAGGAUUGCAUUGUAAUGAAAGUAAUGUAUAGCCUGGUCAGCUCUGCAUUGGAUUUUCCAAAUCAAAUGCCUCUGGCUGCAAGGUCAGAAUAUAAAUUAAAACCUACUUAAUACCUGUUAACUCACUAAGGGUGGGUGAUAUAUAGUAACCUAAAUGAUUUAAUUUAAGGUUCCCUAGUUUCUGUAUUGCUUGCUGCUAUAACACAGUUUGGAGCUCUUGUAUGUCUUCUAAUUUUUCUAUUUUUUUUUUUUUGUGUUAAAUAACUAUCAUUGUAUUUUGGCUUAAAGAUGGUUAAGUAAGUUUUGGUAUUAAGUAAACUUCUAUGACCCUGCCUA